ACUAUGUUUGCUGCUGCUACAAAGAACUUUGUGAAACAAGUGGGUGAUGGUGGGCGUCUGAUACCCGUGCCCAACCUUAGUGAAGCAGACAAAUACCAGCCUCUGAGCCUCGUGAUAAAGAAGAAGCGCUGCUUGCUUUCCCGCAAGUACAAAUUCAUCUCAACCCCUUUUACACUCAAGGAUAUUCUUAAUGGAGAUAAGGAAAUUUCUGCAGGUGUCAGUUCUUAUCAGCUGCUGAACUAUGAAGAUAAAUCUGAUGUGUCUUUCAAUCGGAGACAUGGGAAUCAGAUCAUGAAUGACGUUGGCAUCAAUGUCUAUGGCUCUGAUUCGGUUGCAGUUAAAGCUUCCUUUGGCGUUGUAACCAAACACGAAGUAGAAGUCCCGACACUGCUUAAGGAGCUGAUUUCCAGAACUAUUGACUUGGAUCACUGUUUAGUUCGUCAGUCAAGAGAAAAUGGAAAGGAAAUCCUGUGUGUGGUGAUGGAAACCAUUCGGACAACUCGCCAGUGUUCUCUGUCUGUCCAUGCUGGCAUGCGGGGAGAAGCCAUGAGGUUUCGCAUAAUUGAUGAGAAGAACCACAAAGGGCGUGACAAAGCUAUCGUGUUUCCAGCGCACACAACCAUAGCAUUUAGUAUCUUUGAUCUGUACAUUCACCUGGAUGGUCACUUUGAACUUUGUGUGUCAUCUGCUUCAAAAGGUGGUUUUGAGAAGGAGCCUAAUAGAUCAUUUUCCUUGAAUGCUAUACGGAACACCUUGUACCGAACAGGAAAAAGAACAAUGGAUAUCAUUGCUAACUCAGAUUCUUACAUGGAUGACAUAUUUUCCGAUUACUAUGACAAGGCGGCCAGCAUGACUGACAUUUCUACUACAUACAUGCGAGAAGGAGCGCACACGCGUGUUAACCUCCUGAAUAAUAACAUUCCCAAGGGACCAUGCGCUCUGUGCGGGAUGGGAAGUUCCAAAAGAGAGACGGUGUAUGGCUGCUUUGAGUGCUCUUUCAAUGGACAGAAGUACGCCAGGCUCCACGCCGUACCAUGCUUUGACCUGUGGCACAAGAGACUGAAGUGA